AUGCGAAGCAUCUAUCGUAGACUUGAGGAUUUGGAUGAUGAAGCACCGAGGCUUGGGUUGCAAUAUGCUGCCCGAUUGGAGGGUAAUGUUCAUGUUGGGACACGGGGUGAAUUCAUACCGAUAGUCUCCUUUACCGGGUGGUACAAGGGACAAACUUGGAAUGAACUUUUGACGGACACAAUCUGCACUAUGCUGGGACAUCUGACGAUGAACCUAAUGCAUAGUUCACAUGGCGGGGUUCAGAGCCAGGAAGUCUUUGUUGUGGGUCUCCAUGGACCCUAUCUUCAUAUAUGUCGGGGAUUCUUUCCGCGUGAUCGGAUUGCUAAGGUAUAUCAACAUGGAUACUCGGAUGAGGAGGAGUUUGAAUUGGAGUUUACGCGAGGGUAUAAUCUAUAUCUCAAGGAAUAUUGGCUUGAGGCUACACGUGCGUUGACCAGAUUGCUUCGAUAUCUUCUUAGUGGAAAGGCAAUGGUUGCGGCUGUGCACGAAAAGGAGUAG